GCCGACUCCUCCCCUCCGUCCUCCUACCUCACAGACCGGUCCAAAUCCCCAACAGAAAUUUACACCCAGGCCCUUCGCCGGAGAUGGCGUCGGAGCUCACAUACCGGGGCGGCGCCGCGGCGCCCGGCUCCGCCUCCAACGGCGGCGAGUACUCCCCGAAGCCCUCCAAGCCGCUCUCCUGCCUCUCCCGCGCCGCCCGCUACGCCGCCGCCGAGCACCGCCCCAUCUUCGCCCUCGCCGGCAUGCUCUUCGCCGCCGCCCUCUUCACCUUCUCCUCCUCCACCACCUCCACCUCGUCCCCGUCGUACCCCGCAGCGUCGGUCGGAUUCAACCACCUCGCCGUCGCCGGGCACCCAUCCUUCCGCGAGUCCGUCGGUGGCAAGGUGCCCCUGGGCCUGCGGCGGCGCGCGCUGCGGGUGCUGGUGACGGGCGGCGCCGGGUUCGUGGGGAGCCACCUGGUGGACCGCCUGGUGGAGCGCGGCGACAGCGUGAUCGUGGUGGACAACUUCUUCACGGGGCGCAAGGGGAACGUCGCGCACCACCUCCAGAACCCCAGGUUCGAGGUGAUCCGCCACGACGUCGUCGAGCCCAUACUGCUCGAGGUCGACCAGAUCUACCACCUUGCAUGCCCUGCGAGCCCCGUUCACUACAAGUACAACCCCAUCAAGACCAUCAAGACCAAUGUAGUUGGGACACUGAAUAUGCUUGGGUUGGCCAAGAGGAUUGGAGCAAGGUUUCUGCUUACUAGCACCAGUGAGGUCUAUGGUGAUCCCCUCCAGCACCCUCAGGUGGAAACUUAUUGGGGCAAUGUCAAUCCUAUUGGUGUCAGGAGCUGCUACGAUGAGGGUAAGCGCACUGCUGAAACAUUAACUAUGGACUACCAUCGCGGUGCCAACCUUGAGGUAAGGAUUGCCCGGAUCUUUAACACAUACGGUCCUCGCAUGUGCAUCGAUGAUGGCCGUGUUGUCAGCAAUUUUGUUGCUCAGGCACUGAGGAAGGAGCCUUUGACUGUCUAUGGUGAUGGCAAGCAGACUAGGAGCUUUCAAUACGUCUCAGAUUUGGUGGAAGGGCUGAUGAAGCUGAUGGAAGGGGAGCACAUUGGUCCGUUCAACCUGGGCAAUCCUGGUGAAUUCACGAUGCUGGAGCUGGCUAAGGUGGUCCAGGACACCAUCGACAAAGAAGCACGCAUUGAGUUCCGUCCAAACACUGCAGAUGAUCCACAUAAGCGCAAGCCUGACAUCAGCCGUGCCAAAGAGCUUCUUGGCUGGGAGCCCAAGGUUCCCCUACACGAGGGCCUCCCCCUCAUGGUCACAGACUUCCGCAAACGUAUCUUUGGGGACCAGGGAGAAUUCACUGAGGCAGCUGGUGGCCUUUCUUAAUCGUCACCAUGUCAAAGUGACGCAUUUGUUCAGUCUGUAUGAUCAUCACUUACACGAAAAAUGGGAGGCUCGGAGCAUACGGUCUGGACAGUUUUGGUGGUAUAUGCCCUUUGGCUGCUCUAUACAACACGGACAAAAGGUCAUGGCUGCAUAUAUAGUUCUUAGGAAUAUGUUGGAUGUUACCAAAAUAUCUUUGCACUGCUGUAAUGCUGUUCUUUUCUUUUUUGGCUCUUUUGGCUGUAAUGCUUUGUAUAACUAAAUACACUCUAUAAUGGCGUCGUUAACAGAUAAUCUGGUUGAUAAUAAAUUAAUAAUACAUUGAGGUUUGCAAGCUUUAGUA